AUCUCAAAAGCUACUCCAAUUAUAUCUCUAUCUCUAUUUUGUGUUAGUCUGUUGUGUUAGUACAGUCUCGCUGCCUCUCUCUAAAUAUCAUUGGAUCUAGGGUUCUGGGUUUCUUUUUCCUCUUCAGUCAAUUGGUCAUUGGUCAUCAAAUCGAGUGGCUGUGGUUGUUCCAUCAUUGGCUUCAGUCCGAUCUCUUUUGUCACCAAUGCCUCCCCGCGCAUCUAAGCGUAAAUCUGCCCCACCCAAUUCCUCAUCCGUCACAUCAUCCGACGGUCGUUCUGUCUCAAGUAAAGCUAAAAUAAAGGGGCUGGAAAAAAUAGAUCGCUUGUUCAAUACAUAUGCAAAUAGUUCCUUGGGCAUGAUUGAUCCAGAAGGUAUUGAAGCACUCUGUUCAGAUCUAGGAGUGGACUACACUGAUGUAAGGAUAUUGAUGCUCGCUUGGAAACUAAAAGCUGAAAAGCAGGGCUAUUUUACCCAGGAUGAGUGGCAAACAGGCCUUAAAGCAUUGGGGGUUGAUUCACUUAGCAAACUAAAGAAGGCGCUCUCUGAUUUGGAGAAAGAGGUGGAGAAGCCAUCCAAUUAUGAGGAUUUCUAUACCUAUGCAUUUCGAUACUGUUUGACAGAGGAGAAGCAAAAGAGUGUGGACAUAGAAAGCAUCUGUGAAUUGUUGAAUCUUGUUCUAGGGGUUCAAUUUCGUCCUCAGAUUGAUUCACUAAUUGAAUAUCUGAAGGUCCAGAAUGAUUACAAAGUAAUAAAUUCAGACCAGUGGAUAAAUUUUCUACGUUUUUGCAAGGAGGUAAACCUUUUGGAAAUGCACAAGUUUGCUAAUUUUAUUUUCCCAUUUGCCGCCAUAACUCAAUACCAUAAAGUUUCUUUCCAUCUGCAUUGGAAGUCAGUGUUGGCUGCCAGAAUGAAGAAAAACUAAGAAAAGAAAAUGACAUGUAAAAAUAUGAAUAAUUCAUGCUAGAUUUCACAUGCUUGACGUAUGUACUUGAUAUUUGAUGAAAAGGCAUUAGUUUCUUUUAUUAUCAUAAUUUUCUUUUUCCUCAAGCAACCUUGAGGCAUCUAUAAUAACUUUGAAUCUUUGCUAGAACAGAUUAGCUUUCCAGAUCUUGAAAACUAUGAUGCAACCCAAGCUUGGCCCUUGAUCCUUGAUAAUUAUGUUGAAUGGAUGAGAGAAAAGCAUAGCUAGUGUUGCCAUUUUUUGUAUGUCUUGCAGAUUGCUGAUUUCAUAUGGUAAAUGCUUUCUCUGUGUGUCCCUUAGAUGUUAUGCCCUUGAAUGUAUUAAAGAACUAUAAAAUUUUCAUUUUGAUUAAUUUGUCGACAGGACAAGACCUUGUGGAAAACCUAACCACAGCAACCUUGGAGCUUGGCUCAUAUCAUAACUGAUUAAACUGAUUUUACUGAACCUUUUUCUCUGGUUAAAGCUGCAAUUUUGUUGUC